AUGGCUUUCAACGUGAGAAACACAAACAAGAAGGCUGCCACGGCGGUUCUUGAUCACGAUGUGCUACCGUACGAAGUGAUGAAGAUCCAGGACAUUAUGAUUCCGAUGCCAGAGGGGGCCAAGUUGCAGGCCCACAUGUGGAUCCCAGAGAAGGCUUACAAGGAGAAUGAGUUCAAGGUGGGCACCGUCAUUGAGUAUAUCCCUUACAGAACCGAUGUCACCAUUCAGAGAGAUUCAGUCAGACACCCUUGGUUUGCCGGUAACGGGCUGGCUGCUAUGAGAAUCGAUAUGAGAGGCGCUUCAGCCUCAGAUGGUGUCUUGGAAGAUGAGUACAUCAAACAAGAACAGGAUGAUGCGCUCGCUGCGUUUGACUGGAUUGUUUCUCAGCAGUGGUCCAACGGUAACAUUGCAAUGUUUGGUAAAUCAUGGGCUGGGUUCAAUGGUUUACAGGUUGCAGCUAGACAGCAUCCCGCGUUGAAAACCAUCAUUACACUCAUGUCAACUGACGAUCGUUAUACAGACGAUGUCCACUAUAGAGGUGGAUGUCUUCUGGCGUCUGACAUGAUCUGGUGGGGUUCAACAAUGGGAGUGUAUGCGCCAAGGCCCCAAGAUCCAAGAGUUGUUGGUGAGAAAUGGAGAGAAAACUGGAUGCAACGUCUUGAUGCAGAGCCAAUGAUGAAGAACUGGUUGGAGCAUCAAACCAGAGACUCGUACUGGAAACAUGGCUCAAUCAAUGAGGACUACAACUCUGUCCAAAUUCCUGUUCUUGCUGUUGGUGGAUGGCGUGACGGGUACACUUCCCCGGUCUUUAGAAUGGUGGAGAACUUGCCAAACACCGAGACUUGUGGUCUAAUUGGUCCAUGGGUCCAUGAAUUCCCAGAAAUGGCCGAGCCAGGUCCAAAGAUUGGGUUCCAACAGCUCGCACUAAGAUGGUUCAAAAAGUAUCUUCAUCCUGAAGAGAAGAAUACACUCUCUUUGCCGAAACUCACUGCAUAUGUCCAGUCACCUUCAAAGAUUGCUGGAUCUUACACUUUUAGAGAUGGUGAGUGGGUCUCUUUGACAAACGCUGCAACGUCCUCCACCAAGUCGUUUUUUCUCUCUGAAGGAGAUGCGCUUGUUUCUGAGGAACAUUCGUUAGAGAAAUUCCCAGAAGUUUCCGGUGUGUUGUCCCAUGGUCUGUUUAGAGGUACCUUCUGUCCAUUUGGCUUUAUUGGUGACUUCCCUGCAGACCAACGUUUAGAGGAUUCCAAAACUGCAACUUGGGACUCUCCUGUAUUUGAUGAGGAUCUUACCCUCUUGGGAGAACCAGUGAUGAACCUACGUCUGAGCUGUGACAAGAAGUUUGCCAAUGUCUCCGUCAAAUUGGAAGAUGUUUAUCCUGAAAACGGUGAGCACGUUCUCAUUUCCUGGGGACAAUUGAACUUGACACAUAGAGAAUCACAUGAACAUCCACAAUGGCUCGAACCUGGUAAAGAGUAUGAUGCUCAAAUCAAACUGGAUGUUCUUGGUGUGAAAAUUGAAAAAGGCCACAAGUUAAGAGUGGCUAUAACCACUUGUGACUGGCCUCAAAACUGGCCAACUCCUGAGCUCACUACAAUCACAAUCUCAAAGGGAGAGCUUGUCUUGCCAUUGUUGAACGAAAGUGAUCAAGUCCCUCCUCCGGAAUUUGGAAAGCCAACUAUUGUGAAGGGAGUUCCAAGCGUGACCGUUAAACCAUAUGAUCGUGUCAAGAAUACAACUUAUGAUUACUCCACUGAUGAAUGGACUCUAGUCGAUGUACAAGACUCAGGAUGUGUGAAAAUGACGGACUACGGUGAAUUGACCGGUAUCUACCACGGAAGUUGGAACAAAAAUUGGUUCAAAAUCAAAGCAGAUGAUCCUCUCAGUGCAUUCAAUGAAAACUUAUGGACCUAUGAAAUGGGAAGAGAAGAAGACAACUGGAAUAUCAAGAUGAAGUCCCGUACAACGUUGACAUCUGACGCUGAGAACUUCCACUUGUUUCACAACUUGAAAGCCUUUGAGAAUGAUGAUCAAGUAUUUGACAAGACUUGGGAAUACAAGAUCAAAAGAGUCUACAUGUAA